UUGUGGCAAAAUGUUGGGUUUGUUUGGUAGGACUGUGAAGAAUGUAACUGAACCAGAGAGAAAGUACGGGAUUUUUUGGGGAGUUCCAUUACGGAUGGCACAUGGUAUAAGUUCUGCUUUGGAAGGAGUGUUGUCUGUAGACUGGCGAUGUCAUACCAAGACAAUGGCCAACGCCACGGAGAGGAUAAACAGCAUCUCAUCCAACAUCAGAAUGAGGAAGAGUCUUGCCACUCAGUAAAAGAUUCAUUUGAUAAAAUUCAGCUGCACUGCUGCUAUAGCAAAGCGGAAACCACAUUCAUCUGACGAGAACCAGGUUAUUAUGUUUGAGAGAGUCAUCUAAAAGUGCCAUCAGGAUUGGGAUCGUGUCGUGACUGACAGGCUUGGAGCAGAAGCCAACAUGGAUGAAGACGAUGAGUACAGUAUGGAGAUUAACAUUCCCAGACUCCACAGUUUGUCAGAACACAUUGGCUGGGAAAAUGAACAUGUGUUAAAGCUCUUCGAGGCUUUAGUGGACCGUUUUAAAUGGCAAAAACAACAACUACAUCAAACAGUUCAUUUUGAGAAAUGGAUGGCAAAAAUACUGUACGCCAUUGAAAUUCACAAAAUCGAUGCAACACUGAAGAUCUCAGAAUAUAGCAAUGUUAUUCAGUUAGUGCGUGAUUUCACAAUCGAUGAUCCCACAUUGUUGAAAUUGUUAGGGUCAGAUAGAGAGAAGGAUCUUGAGGAGAUUCUUGUAGACAUUGCUGUACAACAUGGAGUUCAUGACAACUUGAUAAGAAAAGUGAGAAUAAUUGUGUCGAAUGUUUCCACGGCCCUCUCGCUUAAUGACAACCGUUGGUGUGAAGACGGAAUGGAGAAAAUCCUCUUUGAUCUUUGCAAAGCAGUACAUGCCCAAACAAAGGCAGACAAUGCACAGAAUGCCUGGAUGCCUCGUUACACACAGAUGGUCAGCUGGUGCAUUUUGGCACUCUCCCAAAACAGCUACCUGCUUCAGGUAGGCACAGGUGAGGGGAAGUCAUGCAUUGUGGCCAUGUUUGCUGCCUACAGAGCGCGGAAAGGUCAAAAAGUUGACAUCAUCUCCAGUUCCUCUGUGCUGGCUGAGCGGGAUGCGAAGGCAUGGAAGGUGUUCUAUAAACAACUCGGGCUUACAGUUGACUGCAAUACACACAAAUCGGAAGAACGAUUGAAGCAAUGCUACAAAUGCCAUGUAGUCUAUGGCACUACUGGGGACUUUGCGGGCGACUGGCUGAGACACCAUUUCAGCAGAAAGGACAUAAGGACGGGCAGAAAGUUUGAAUGUGUCAUCGUGGAUGAGGUGGAUUCCCUCAUGUUGGAUAAAGGCCUUGAAGUUGUUUAUCUGAGCUCCACAAUGCCGGCUAUGCAAGGUCUUGAAGUUCUUUUGUCCAGAAUAUGGCUUGUUGCCUGUCAAAACGAGAAAAUGUGUUGGGGGGAAACAGCUGGUCCUGUCCAGUCCAUUGUCCACAUACUACAGGAAAGCACUGGAACUGAUGUACAGCCCUUCUUAAAGCUAGCUGAGGAAAGAGGAAUUUUCCCAACUGGAUUUGCGAAAGACAUAAUGCAGCCCAAUUCCCAAGAUGUGCUUCAAAAACUAGAAGGCAUCAGUCAGACCCAGAUUAUUGACUUCUUCAAAGUCGUCGAAGAGAAACUACCAAAUUAUUCCUUCAGCUUGUUUCAAGAAGAUGGUCAAUGGAAAAAGAGCAUGGCACAAAUUGGGGAUGUGGGAAAUUGUAACAAAAUUCCAUUAUUGUUCCUCAAAGGAGGUCUCUGCCGACGUUUGUUCCCAGACAAAGAGGCAUGUAUCAACUGGGUUGAGCAGACAAUUAGAAGUGAUCUUCAAUUUAUUUGCCCAGAAAUAACGCCUGAGGACUCGCCCAUCCCAGGCAUGCAACACUUUAUCCAAGCUAAGCUACGGGUGUGGGUACAGAGUGCCUUCCAGGCCAAAGAGAUGGAUUUAGGGGAUGAAUACAUCAUUCAGGGGCAAUCUGUGGUCCCUGUUGACUACACUUGCACAGGUGUUGUACAGAACAACAUGAGAUGGAGUAAUGGGCUACAGCAAUUUCUUGAAAUGAAACAUCAGACUAAGCUGAGCAGCAUGACAGCUAUUACAAACUUUAUGUCCAAUGUGAGGCUUUUUCGGAUGUACAAUGGCCAGGUGUACGGGAUCUCGGGCACUUUGGGUAACGAAGAGGAAAUUCAAAUGCUUCAGGAACUUUAUGAAGACAUGCAAACCUGCAUCAUACCUUCCUUCAAACGCAGAAAACUGUUCGAGGAAACGGGAAUAAUUGUGCAAGGUGAAGAAGUCUGGCUGGAAGCUAUCUGCAGUGCAGUCCAGGAAAAAGUCAGUGAAACAAGUUACUGUGGCGAGAGAGCUGUUCUGGUUAUUUGUGAGACAAUAAACCGAGCCAAGGCUAUUGAGACAGCCAUCAAAAACUCCCUUGCAAAUCUGUCCAUCCAUCUUAAACUUUACACCAACAGCAACCUGGACCCCACUGAAAUUACUGGUAGGCCACUUCAGCCC